AUGAGGGUAAUAUCGGUGGGUUUCAUAAUAUAUGAGGCACAGAAUUUAAAGGUUGAAGACAAAGAAUUAUUGGAUCCAUUAGUAGUUGUUCGGUGUUGUAAUAAUGAAUAUAUAACAAAAAAAAAAAAAAAAAAAUACAACGCAGUAAAUUGGGAAGAAACUCAUGUUUGGAAUAGAAUCGUUUUGUCGGAAAUUGAAUGGAAUGUUGCAAAAAUAGAAUUUGAAGUUCAAAGUGCUAAUACAUUUUGGAGAAAUGAUGUAAUAGGAGUUAUAUCAUUUGAAUUAAAAUUAAUAAGAAAUAAAAAAAAUCAUCAAAUUUAUGGGACAUAUCCAAUAUUAUAUAAAAAUCGAACAGAAAUUCAAGGACAAUUAAGAUUAAAAGUUAUAGUGUGUAAUGAAAAUGACUAUACUUCAUCAUCUGAAAUAUAUAGUAGUUUGACCCAAUACAAUAAUAAUACUAAUGAUAACAAUGGUAAUAAUACCUCAGAUAAUGAAAACUUUUACGAAGAUUUGACAAAAGCUGUUGUGGAAGAAAAUACCAUUGCAUUAAGAGAUGCUAAUUCUCGAUUUUAUUAUUUAUAUAUCAAUAUACAUAAAAUUGAAGAUGUAUAUAUCGAUAUUAGUAAAAAAAAAUCCAGAGAUUUAUAUAUAACAUGUGAAUUUAAUGGAUGUCAUUUAAAAUCAAGUCAAGGAAAUAAUUGUACAAAAUAUACCUUUAAUGAAUGUUUUAAAAUACCUAUUAAUACUCCUAUUUUAGAAGAUACUAUAAUUAUUAAAAUAUGGGAUUGGAAUUUUUUAUCAACUGAUGAAUUAUUAGCUAUUGGAGUUUUAUCAUUUAAUCAAAUUAAAAAUAAAUCUAUCAAUCCCACGUGGCUAAAUUUAUAUGGGUUUCAUAAAGAUGAACUAAACUUGGAAAAUUAUUACAACAAUGGAAGUAAUGAUACCAGUCUUAUUAGGCCUAGUGAUUUUAAUCUUGCAUUAGAAGGCAAUGUGUAUUUAGGAAGAAUAUGUAUUAGUGCUUAUGUUGAAAGAUUAAGCAAUUAUGAUAGUCUAAGUAUUCCUAUUAUUCAAAGUUGCUUAGUCUAUGAUGACCCAUUAUAUGUCCCGAUUACUUUGCUGUGUGAUGUGUAUGUAGUAACUGGUCUUUUAGCAGAAAAUAUUUAUGUACAACUAACAUGUGGACCUCACAAAAAAAAAACAGAUUGUGUAUCAGCGAAUGAAAUUGGUUGGGAUGAUGAUCAAAAUAAUGCAAUAGGUGUAAAUAGAAAAAAAAAAAUGAGGAAAAAAAAUUCUGAUGAAAACAUUACAGACAAUGUUGAAUUUUUCGAUUUCCUAAAUUUUAAUGGUAUUCUAAAUACCGAUAAUUUUUUUAACACGCUUACAGAAAAACAACAAAUUUUAGAGAAUAGCGGAAGUACUGAAUUUUAUUUCAGUUCUAGAAAAGGGAAAAUAGAUAAUAUGAAAUUAUGUUCUGUAGAAGAUGAAUUACAACAAUGGGAUAUUAUAAUAAACGUUUAUGAAAAAGAAAAAAAGACAAAUAAUGAUGGUAAUAUUUUUAAUAAUUUUAUUUACUCAGGAGGAAAUAAUAUGAUCACUGACAAGUAUAAUUAUUAUGAUAAACAAAACAAAGAAUCCAAAUUGACAGAUUAUCAAAAAUAUAAGCUUAAAAAAAGGGAAGAAAAUUAUGAUCAUCGAAAAUAUGAAGAAGACGAAGAAAAUGAAAUAGGAGUAAAACAAAAUAAUGAUAGACGAAUAGCAUACUAUAGAAUGCCUCUAAAAAAUGUUCUUUUACACAAUGAGAAAAUAUCACGAUGUCCCAUAUGGUUACCAUUAAAAAAUAUUUCCAAAAAUGUAGAUAGCGGUUUUAAUUGUAUGUAUAAUAUAUUUCAAAAUGGUUCUAUACUUGUUAAUUUAGAAAAAUCAUAUGAUUUACAAUUAGGGUUAAAUAGAAGAAAAAAAUUGGUUCCAGUAAAUUACGAAUUAAGAUGUUAUAUAUAUGCAUGUAGAAAUAUAAUUUCAAAUUUUAAUGAUUCCCCUAAUACAUUUGUUCAUAUAUCAUGCUCUGGAAAAAUGAAAAUCACAUCUUUAGUUUUAAAUAAUUCUAAUCCCGUAUUUUUACAAUGCUUGAAAUUAAAUAUUACUAUAUUGACUGAUUAUUCUGUUGGUUUACCUACAAUUCCAUUUAUAGUAGUAACAUUAUAUGAAUUUCAUAAUAAUACUUUUUAUUUUAUUGGUAGAUGUUUUUGUAAUUAUGAUAUUUAUCUUAAAGACAAUCACAAAAAGUGUAACUUCGCCAAUAAAUCAUCCAAGUAUAAUAUGGUUGAACAAAUACAACCCAGGUGGAUUAAAUUGAAAGGAAAUAAACAUGCAAAGGCCAUGUACCCAAAUAUGUUGUGGCAACAAAGUGGAAGUUAUAAACGGAUGAUGCAAGAAUAUAUGUUUGAAAAGCAAAAAGAUUUUUACACAUCUAAUGCUAAUAUAGGUGGAGAUAUGGCCAAUGACAAUAGCUCAACUAAUAGAAUCAAUAGUCAAAGGAGACAACCACAUAAUGAUUUUCUUCAUGGGGAACGUGUUGGAGAUAUAUUGCUUUACUUUGAAUUAGUAAAAGAAAAAGAUGCAAUGAAAAUACCAAUAUAUCCUAUGAUAACAGAAAUAAAAAAAUGUACUUUAUCCUUUUUUUGUAUGUCAUUAGAAAAUUUAGUAUUAAUGAAAAUUCCUUCUAAAAAAAAUGAACAUAUAAUCCCUAAUGAUUAUAGAAAAAAUAAUAUAACUCAUCCUAUUAUUGUACUAUCAAUUACUUCUUAUUCAUCUUAUGGGAAAAAAAAAAAUGAGUUAUUAAUUAAAUAUGCAAAAUCAUUGAAAUCAAACACAAGAACUCAAUUAAAAAAUUGGAAGAAUGCUUUUAAUCAACAAAGUUUUGAAAUGUUCGCAAUUGAAAAUUUUGAUAUUGAUGUGCCAUUAGAUCCAAUAUUUGACCCAACAUUAAACAUAAAAGUUUAUAAUAAAAAAGUGAAAGACAAAUAUUUUAUUGGAGAAACAAAUAUAUCUUUAAUACCUUAUAUACCAUGGAUUGAAAACUUAGAUGAUGCUUUAUAUUAUUUACAAGCAUAUGAGGAUUAUUCAGAAACUAUUAAUAUUAAAAAUAUAGACAAUGCCUUUAAUAUAUAUAAAAACAAAAAUGCAGCCCUUGUCGUUACUGCUAUUUCUUUAGCUGAUUAUGAGCAUACUAUUAGCCUCAAGGAGGAGCUAAAAAAAUAUGAAAAUGAUGAUCAAGACGAUGAUUGGAAUAACAUACCUCUAUUCCGUGUCAAUUCCAAUGCAAAAUUCACUGGAAAAGUUUCCGGAAUGAUUGGUGAUAUAGCUGGUGGUAUGUCUGGUGGCAUGAUUGCUGAUAUGCCUAAUGGUAUGAUUGGUGAUAUACCUAAUGGUAUGGGUGGCGGUAUACCUAAUGGUAUGGGUGGUGGUAUGCCUAAUGGUAUGGGUGGUGGUAUGCCUAAUGGUAUGGUUGGCGGUAUGCCUAAUGGUAUGAUUGGUGAUAUACCUAAUGGUAUGGGUGGUGGUAUGCCUAAUGGUAUGGGUGGCGGUAUGCCUAAUGGUAUGGGUGGUGGUAUGCCUAAUGGUAUGGGUGGUGAUAUACCUAAUGGUAUUGGUGGCGGUAUUCCUAAUGGUAUGGGUGGUGGUCCCCAUCCCAACUUCGUUGGGCAUGAAUAUGACCCAAGGAAUGAUCAUCUUAUCAACAACACAAUGAUGAACAAUUUUCAGAUGAACAUGAUGCAUAAUAGGGAAAACUAUCCUUCAGGAAAUUAUAAAGUUAAUUGCAUUGCCGAAUUUGGCAAAAAAGGAUCUAAAAUAGGGAACGGCUUUAAUAAUGAAGGAUACACAACAAACAUGAACCAUUAUUUUUCCUGUUAUUAUAAUAAAAAAAAUCAACGAAAUAUUUAUAAUGUGAUGUAUAAUGAGAGUGUUUACAAAUUGCAUGAUGAUGGGGUACCAGAAAUAAUAAAAGCAAGUUAUAAUGUUAAGAAUUAUCCAUAUAUAAAAAUAUUAAGAAAUAAAUUUAUUUUAAAUGUUUAUAUACCUCCUAGAUUUAUUUUAUAUGUAGAAGGAGAUAAAAUAAAUUUAGAGAAAUUUGUAAAAAAUACACAUCGAGUUUCGGUUGAUGGAAUAUUGGAAAAUUAUCUUGAUGAUAUAUUAAUCCCGUCUAUUCCAUUAAAAAAAAAAUAUAAUAAUAAAAUUUUUUUAAAUUGUGGUUACAAUGGGGAUAUAGGAAAUUUUGAUGAAAAUGAUCAGAAUAAAAUAGUCAAAGAAGGAAUAUCUUUUGGGUGUUUUGAGAAUUCUCCUUUUGUUGAAUUGGUAGGAGGGCAAAUUAAAUGCUUUACCAAAAUUAAAUACAGAGACAUAAUAUCUGAACAUAUACCAUUAAAAUUAAAAGAUAUAAACAACCAAAAUACAUUUAGAAAUAAAUUUAGAGGAGCCAAUAAAAUUCCAUUAUAUUUAAAAAUAAGAGUAUAUGUAAUAAGAGGUAUUGGAAUAAACGGGGUAAAUAGUGAAUGUAGUUGCAACCCAUAUUUAACAUUUUCAUUAGGAGAAAAAACAACUAAUCUAAGAAAUUCAUACAAAGAAGAUAAUCCAAAUCCAAACUUUUCAUACCUAUGGGAAAGUGAAGCAAUAUUUCCAGAGGAUGAAAUAUUAACUAUAUCUGUUUAUAGUGCUGAGUCUAAUUAUGAUAAGCAAAUAAAUGAUAUAUAUAUUGGGUCGACAGAAAUUAAUUUAUUCGAUAGAUGGAUGAGCAAAGAAUGGAGACAUAUGAUGAAAAAAAACAAAGUACCUAUAGAAUAUAGACCAUUAUACAAUAAUUAUUUUAAAAAUCAAAACCUCAUUAAAAAUAGUAUCAAUGGUGGUAGUAAUAUGUAUAACAAAUUAAACACCUGGAAUAAUAUUUUUUCCUUUUUUGAUAUUUUUACAAAUUUAGUUAAUUUUAACAUAAUGAAUGGAUACUCAAACAACCAAUAUUACAAUGGUAAUAAUUUUUCAUCAUACGGUAUAAAUAAUUCUAAGUCUAUUUCUAAUAAUGGAUUGCUUGAAAUGUGGGUCGAAAUUAUGAGCUAUGAAGAGGCAGCAAAAAUCCCUAUUCACAAAAUGGAACCACCAAAGAUUUCUGAAGUCGAAAUAAGAAUAAUCAUAUGGAGAUGCAACAUUUUAUUAAAUGGGGAAAAUACAAAUAAAACAUUUGAUUUAGUUGUUACAUCUGAAUUAGAUUGUGUAAAUUAUAAUGGAAAGAACCCAAUUACACAAACAACAGAUGUGCAUUAUAAUUGUAAAACGGGUGACGCUAUAUUUAAUUGGAGAAUGGUUUACCCAAAUAUUACCCACCCAUUAAAUACCUGUUUUUUACAACUAGCUGUUUACAAUAAUAGUAAUGUUGGUACUAGCCAGUUUUUAGGAGAAGUAAAUUUAGAACUAUCUAAAUAUAUACAUAAAGUAUUACAAGUCGUAAAUAAAUUUGAGCUAGAUGCUGAACUUAAAUUAAGAAAAAAAAACUUUGGUGAUAAUACCAAUGGUGAUAAUAAUUGUAGUGGAACUAUACAAGUGACUGUUCAAUUUAUUCCUCAAAGCAAAGCAAAUAUAAAACCAUCUGGAUUAGGACGAAGUGAACCAAAUAGAAAUCCGUACUUAAGAACCCCUAAAAAUGGAAGAGAUUGGAACGAUUUUGCGUACUCUAUUGGAUUUAAUGAUAUAUACAAACCCUUCUGGGGCGGACUCAGAGUUUUUUUUAUUUUUGCCCUCGCUGUAUGGGUUUUCUUUCUUUCCUUUAUUUAUCCCGCCAUGUUGCUAUAA